AGUUACGACAGAGCGGAAGUUAUUAAAACAAGAGCGCGCCAGUUUUGUCGUGCGGAGGCAAGUCGUCCGGUAGCAGCUGUGACAGACACGUUAAUGUGCGUCAGUUGAAAGUUAAUGUGGCCGAAUUGGGAAGCGCUGCUGGUUUGGGAGCAUGGCGGUGCCGUUUGUAAAGGAUUGGGACCUUGUUCAGACACUUGGUGAAGGAGCUUACGGGGAAGUGAGGCUGCUGGUCAACAGACUGACGGAGGAGGCAGUCGCAGUCAAAGUGAUCGACACCUCGCACGCUAAAGAGUGUGCGGAAAACGUCAAGAAGGAAAUCUGCGUGCACAAGCUACUAAACCACUGCAACAUUGUGCGCUUCUUUGGCCAACGUAAGGAAGGGACUACAGUCUUCCUCUUUUUAGAAUACUGUAUAGGCGGCGAGCUGUUUGACCGGAUUGAGCCAGAUGUCGGAAUGCCAGAGAAAGAUGCUCACAAAUUCUUCCAGCAACUUGUAGCCGCUGUGGAGUACCUCCACAACAUGGGCAUCACACACAGAGACAUAAAGCCGGAGAACAUUUUGCUGGAUGACAAAGACAACCUCAAGCUGACCGAUUUUGGCCUCGCCACCAUGUUCCGGUUCAAAGGAAGGGAGCGGCCGCUGAAUCGUCUUUGCGGGACUCUCCCUUACGUCGCCCCAGAGCUGUUGAGCCAGACCAAGUACAAAGCUCAGCCUGCUGAUAUCUGGGCUUGUGGGAUUGUGCUGACUGCAAUGCUAGCUGGAGAAUUGCCGUGGGACCAGCCCUCUGAAAUCUGUCAGGAGUAUUCAGAUUGGCUGAAGAAGAAAACCUACCUGGCACCCUGGAAGAAAAUACAGCCAAUGCCCCUCUGUUUGUUGUCCAAAUUACUGUUGGCCAACCCAAAAGCACGCAUUACCAUUGCGGACAUCCAGAAAGACCGCUGGUUUGCUCAAGAAGUAAAGCAGCCACUAGGUUCGCUGAGCUCACCUGCUAAAAAAUGCCACAAAGACGAUGCUGGAGUUCUAUUGCGCACGAGCAGCGAUGACAAGAUGCAGUUUUCCAGCUCCCAGCCCGACCUGGCUGUGAGAGACUUGGAAGCCAUACUGUUCAUGGGCCAAUCGGAUGGUCAGAUUAGCUUCUCUCAGCCCACCAAACCCGAACACAUGCUGCUGGGCAGUCAGCUGGUGGGAACGCCCGGAACAAGUCAGACACCGUGGCAAAGAUUAGUGCGCCGAUUGACGCGUUUCUUCACCACCGAGAGCGCUGACUCCUCGCUAGCUUCGCUAAAAGGCGCUUGCGACAGUUUGGCCCUCAGCUACAAACUCACCGACACCAAUCAGGUGACUGUGACCACACUGGACAAACGCAAUAACAAACUCAUUUUCAAAGUCCACUUCCUGGAAAUGAAUAAAAGAGUGCUAUUAGACUUUAGGCUCUCCAAGGGGGAUGGUCUGGAGUUCAAGCGCCUCUUUUUGAAGAUAAAGGAGGAACUGUGCGGCAUCAUCUGCACUCAGAAGAAUGCGUUUUUGUUACAUGAGGCUACUGAUGACUAAACAUGAACAUGACAGGGAAGGAGGGGAGUACCCAUAUGUAUGUAGCUUAAAUGUUUUAAAUGCUAUCUCUAUCCUGGUGGUCGUUAUGUUUUGUGUUUUUCCCCCCCACUUCCUGUCGUCAUGAUUUUUUUUUUUUUAUUGUUUGGUAUGCUAUCUAUCCAUAUACCUGUUACAUCUCUGUUCAGCCUUUGUUCUAAUUGUUCUGAUACUGUUCAAUGUUUUUAAUAAAUUAAAAAAAACGUUUUUGACCGACAAUCUGCA